AUGCACCAGGCGUCCAGGUGGCGGACGGCGACGCGGUGCAGGCAGUGGCGCAUGCGCUCGUUAGCCAGCGUGCGCCAGCGGCAGCAGCACGGCACAGCGGAAACAUAUGCAGCGUCGGCACCCUCAGCGGUGACUCGCGAAUCCUUCCUUUCCCACGCUCAGCGUCGCCGGUCGGUGGCGCUGGCGAGUGGCCCCGUGCGAAGGCGUCCUAAUGUUUACUCUCACCUCGAGCGUCCCCUGGAGAGUGACGAGUCCCACGCGCAGGGUGUACUGGGCGUAGCGGAGGCGCAUGAAGUGCAGGCCAGCCGUCGCGUCCAGCACCAGCUUCCCGUCCUCGCCGCGAAAGGUGGUGGCGCGGCCGUCGCGAUGCAGGGUCUCAAAGCCGUCCACGGCUCCCUCCUGCGCGGACAGGUGGCACUGCACCUGUGCCGAGGAACAUCUGCCAUUCUAGACCAGGGUUGUCCAACACGCGGGUCGCGCUGUGUUGGUAUCACGUGA